AUGUCUCUACCGCUUUCACCAUUCGCUGCUUCAUCCUCUGUAGCAGGAAGCGGCGAGAUCCUUCUAGCCCUUCUACCACCAGAGAGGCAAGUUCUCUCGAGAUGUACAUACCAAUAUCCUCUCAAACUUAUUGCUCCUGACCCUCACCAUUCGAGCGAGGAAAAGCCCGUGACGAUCGUCUUCCUGCUCACCUACGGAGGCGGAUUGGUGGGAGGUGAUCAGAUCAGUCUCAAAGUCGACCUACAAGAUGCCACAAGGCUUGUCCUUGUCACGCAAGGAAGCACCAAGAUCUUCAAAUCCCCUCACAGGUUAGUCGUCAGCAAGCAAAAUCUGGACGUCAGAAUUGGAUCUCAUGCUUCCCUGUGCUAUCUGCCGGAUCCGACUCAGCCGUUUGCAGAGAGUGUCUACCAGCAGAAGCAGACCUUUUAUGUGCAGCCAGACGCCACUAGCAGUCUACUAGCGCUUGACUGGGUGAGUGAAGGCCGCCGCGCAAGGGGCGAGAGCUGGAGACUAUGGAGUUGGAUAGGCAGGAAUGAGGUCAGAGAAUUCGACGACGGUUCAAAGGGAAGACUGCUGCUCCGUGACGCAGUAAUGCUCCACGAGGAUGGACUUGGAGGUACAGGACUACUGGACAAAGCCAACAACAUGGGCAUUUUUGGGACCUUGAUCAUCUACGGCCCUGUCUUCAACCAACUCGGGGAAUUCUUCAUGCAGGAAUUCACAAGUCAACCUCGCAUCGGAGCUAAAAAUUGGACGUCGAACGAAGUCAGCGUUCAGGCCAACGGAAUCGACCAGACUGAGGAAAUUAGACAACAAGAAAAACUAGAUGGUAUCCUAUGGACCGCUGCAAAGACAAGAGGUUUCGUCUUGGUGAAAUUUGGAGCAAAGGAGGUGGAUGGCGCAAAAAGAUGGCUUGGGAAACUUUUGAAGCAGGAAGGCACAGUUGAACGAGUGUUUGGACAUCAAGCACUCAUCUGCCUCAAGUGA